CGCGGAUAUUCCUUCUGUUCAGCCUACACGGUCAUCGAGGAAGCUCUAUCCAGAAAUCCGGAACGGGUGGCAUUUAUUCAAGGUUCUAUCAAAACAACUAGAGCGGAGUUAUUAGCGCUCAUGAAGUGCUAUGCCGUGGGUUUCCAACAGCAAGGCAUCGGUCCGGGGGAUCGUGUGUGCGCCCACCUAAAGAACAGCCUCGAGAACCUUGCGGCAAUGUACGGCUGCAUUUUCGCUGGAGCAACACUGGUGCUGGCGAAGACUUCCCUCACCGAAAGGGAGCUGCGUGGCCAGAUCGUCGACAGUGACAGCACACAUGUUCUUACAGACGUUGAACUGGCCGAAAAAGUGACGAAAGCAAUUUUGUCUCUUGAUCUCAAGGGUCAGUUAGCAAUGGGUCCUGUGUCUGGUUUCGUGGAUGCCGCAUCAUUCAAGCACCUGGACCAGUCCGCCUUCAGAGACUACACGUCGGGAACCAUGGGACUUCCGAAGGGCGUCGAGCUCACUCACCAUAGCUUCGUUGCCAACUUCUGCAUAUCGAAGCCUUGUAUGUCAUCAGAUGAAACGGAUACUGUGCUCGCUUCAGCUCCUAUCGCCCACCUGUCUGGACUGCUGCUCGGAUUGAUGGCUGUUCUCGAUGGAUCAGUCUGCGUCCUUGCGCAGCCAGGCCUCAGCCUUCAAGAAAUCACUGAACUUGCUGAUGAACAUAAUAUUACGUCUAUGUUCUCAUUUCCGACGCGACUUCAGACUUUAGCAGAAGAGAUGCUCCGUGACGGAAAGCAGAUCAGGAGCAUUCGUCGCAUCGGCGUGGCCGGUGGUGUACUUUCACAAGCAACGUAUGAUGCGGCCUUCAAGGCAUUCGAGAAUCUCGACAGCUUGGUCAUCAUGUACACUAUGACGGAGAGCGGUGGCAUCGUCUGUUCAACUUCUCUGCACGAGGCGAUAGGAAUUGGCAUGGGAUUUCCAGGGGCCAUGGUUGAAAUCAAGGUAGUGGACCCUGUGAGUAGAGUCAAGCUGGGUCCAAAUGAGCCAGGCGAAAUCUGCUUCCGUAUACCGACAGUGAUGCGUGGCUAUUACAAGCGACCAAAAGAGACAGCGGAAUUCUUUGAAGGAAAUGGCUGGUGUCGAUCAGGUGACAUUGGUUAUUACGACGAGUACGGGCGUUUCUAUUUCGUCCAGAGGCUGAAAGAGAUGAUAAAAUGCAUGGAAAACCAAGUUGUUCCUGCUGAGCUUGAGCAAUUGCUGCUUCAGGAGCACUCCGAAGACAUUGCCGAAGUGACAGUGGUGGGGCUACCGCACCCUUUAUACGGAGAAGCACCAGCGGCUGCGGUAGUGCCCCGGGGCAAAAUACAUGUGUCACAAGGCCGCGGGGCCCUUGGCUGAUAAGAUUAAGGCUACCAUUGCAG